AUGGCUGCCCGUGGAGUGGCAACUGAUACAAGUCUAGCGAGAAGCAAGCACUACAUUGAGUGCAGACUUCGAUCUGUUUCAAGGUGCCACGGUGUCGCCUAUGUUUCAAGCUUGCAAGCCACGAAAGGGCCAUCUGCACAACCAGUUGUGCAACAUUGGGCCGUGUCUGUCUCCUUGCCACAGCAAAUGGUGCCAGGAGUGCAGAGCAAAGGAGUAUCUGUGCGAUUGCGGCAGCAGAUCCCACCAGCGGCAAGACAGGUCCCCCCGCAGCAUUCUGAGCCGGCAGAGCAGCACUCGGUUCCACCACAGCAGAUCGAGCCGGGUGUGCAUCUCAUUUGGCCACAAGUGAAGCUCCCAUCGCCGCUGAAGCCAAGGACUUGCUCCGGAGCACCCCUCAAAGUGAAGGCGUGCCCGGAGACGCCGUAA